AGAACCAGCACACAUUAAAGAGGAAGAGGAGGAACUGUGGAGCAGUCAGGAGGAUGAGGAUGUAAUGAAGUUCACUCUCUUUCCUGUGAAGAGUGAAGAUGAAGAGGAAUCUCAGUGCUCACAGCUUCGUGAACACCGCACUGAAGCUGAUGGAGAGGACUGUGGAGGAUCAGAACCAGACAGGAACUUAAAUCCAGACGGUCAUGAAGAGGCUUCACACUCUGGAUCUGACACAGACGACAGUAACGAUUGGGAGGAGACCAGAGGACCUCAGUCGGGUUUAAACCCUCUGCGAAUAAAAGAAGAACCUGAGAGUGAUGAAGAAUAUAAAACUGGAGAAACAUCAGUGAGCUCGUCUGUCAAAGAGGAACGACUUGAGAACCACAAAGGGAUCCGGAGAGGAGAGAAAACGUGUCGUUGUUCAGUUUGCUUUAAAGGAUUUAGCAAUAAGAGAAAUUUAUCAACUCACAUGAUGCGUCACACAAAAAGUCAUAACUACAGCUGCUCCGCUUGUAAGAAGAGUUUCCCUUGGAGAGGAGAGCUGGAGAGACACGUGAGGAGCCACACAGGAGAGAAACCCUUCACUUGUCCACUCUGCAGUAAAACUUUCACACAGAAGUCCAGUUUGUCCUCACACCUACAACUGCACACCGGAGAGAGACCCUUUACUUGUUCUCUUUGUGGGAAGAGUUUCACCAAGAAGUCAAAUUUAUAUUCACACCAGCAAGUUCACCUGAAAGAGAAACCCUUCAGUUGUUCAGUUUGUAACAGAGGCUUCCAGUGUAAAAGUAAAAUGGACGCACACAUGGCGAUCCACACGGGGAAGGAACCGUUCAGCUGCUCUGUUUGUGGGAAAAUAUUCACACAUAACAACAUGAAGAAACACAUGCUGAUUCACACAGGAGAGAAACCUUACAGCUGUUCAAAGUGUGGGAAAACAUUCAGGCAGCACGAGAACCUGAAACGCCACCUGAUCGUCCACACGGGAGAGAAACCCUUCAGCUGUUCGGUCUGUGGGAAGCGCUUUAGGCAACAAGAGAACCUGAAUCGGCACCUCAUCGUCCACACCGGAGAUAAAUCCUUCAGUUGUUCAAUCUGUGGGAAGAGAUUCGCACAAAGCACGACUCUGAAGCAUCACUUAGUCGUCCACACGGGACAGAAACCGUUUGACUGCGGUUCUUGUGGUAAGAGAUACACUCAGCUCGCAAGUCUGAAGAGACACAGAUGUCAAAGAUUCGUCCCGUCUUAGUGUGUGUUGACUAAAUGUUGAAUUACAUUUUCACACAACAAAAGUCACAACUCCAGUGAAACAUUGUCUUGGUGCUAAGUCACAAAAACGGACCAGUGCUGAGAUGUCUUUGACUUUGGACACGUCACAAAGGACCUAACACCACAAGCAUUGACCCGGGUCAAGAUCUGAAGCCAGACUUUCCCUUCCUCCUUGUUUGUUCUCUUUGAGGAUUGACUUGCUGAUAACAUCUGUUUGUUCAUUCUAGAUUCUAAAAAUCA